AGCGCAGGAGGGUGAGAGGAUUCACCAGAACCAGAGCCAGAGCGGGGAGCAGAACAGACAGACUGACGAAACACUUUGCUGAGGGGAGCAGCGGGCGCUGCAGGAAAGGCUUCCUUGCAAGUGCCAAAUUGAAAGUUUGGCCAGAGAGCUCUGAGGAACCACAGCUGGAGCCAGCCUCAGUGGACCUGGAGGCACACUGCACCUCAGCGGAGCUAGUUUGUCAAUUCAGGGGGCCUGCAGCACUGCUGGGACACUGGUUCCUGUAACUGCAGGUUCUGCUUUUCUGCCUCUGACGCAGGGAGCUCAGGGUCUAAACGAAACCCGUUGGAGGUACCAAUUAAAUCUUUAUGGACAAAGAGUACACAUGCCAUCCUCAGAUAACAGGUGGCAAUAAAUCCAUCAGCACAUCCACUUUCAGAGAACAGAAUCCCUGCUGAACAGUUAACGACUGCCAGGGCCCCGCGGAGUACCCCACGCAGAUGGGCUAUAAGACUUUCUUCCCCCUUCUAUAACGGCUGAGAAGACCUGAGGCUGUAACAAGACUAUCCCAAAGAACUUGGAGAAGACCAGCUCUCGCCAUGCUCAGAGCAGUUUGGGGUGCUCCCCAGUGGCUGCUGAGGGAGGGGAGAGAGUCCCGGAAACUGGUGCUGGUGGUGGUGUUUGUUGCUCUGCUCCUGGACAACAUGCUGCUUACUGUGGUGGUGCCCAUUGUGCCCACCUUCCUAUAUGACACGGAGUUCAAAGAAAUCAACACUUCUCUUCACCUGGGCCCCACCAUGACUUUCCAGCAUGCCCUCACUUCUCCUGCCUUUUCAACCAUCUUGUCCUUUUUUGAUAACACCACCAUGGCUGUUGAAGAAAGCGCACCCAAUGGCACAGCUUGGACAAAUGCUACUUCUGGCACCAUCCCUUCUCCAGUCCCUGAUGGCAUCUCAGCACAUAAAAACAACUGCUUGCAAGGCACAGAGUUCUUGGAGGAAGAGAACAUAUGGGUUGGGCUACUAUUUGCUUCAAAGGCUCUGAUGCAACUUCUGGUCAAUCCAUUUGUGGGGCCUCUCACCAACAGGAUUGGAUAUCACAUUCCUAUGUUUGCUGGUUUUGUUAUCCUGUUUAUCUCCACAGUUAUGUUUGCAUUUUCUGGCACCUACACCCUGCUCUUUUUGGCCCGCACCCUUCAAGGCAUUGGAUCUUCAUUUUCAUCCGUUGCAGGUCUUGGGAUGCUAGCCAGUGUCUACACUGAUGACUAUGAGAGAGGACGUGCCAUGGGAAUUGCGCUGGGAGGCUUAGCUUUAGGAGUGUUGGUGGGAGCUCCCUUUGGAAGUGUGAUGUAUGGAUUUGUUGGGAAGUCUGCACCCUUCCUCAUCUUGGCCUUCCUGGCACUCCUGGAUGGAGCACUCCAACUUUGCAUCCUACAACCUUCCAAAGUCUCUCCUGAGAGUGCCAAGGGGACUCCACUGCUCAUACUUCUCAAAGACCCUUAUAUUCUGGUGGCUGCAGGCUCCAUCUGCUUUGCCAACAUGGGAGUGGCCAUGCUGGAACCCACGCUGCCCAUCUGGAUGAUGAAGACCAUGUGCUCCCCUGAGUGGCAGCUCGGUCUGGCCUUCUUGCCUGCCAGUAUGUCCUACCUCAUUGGCACCAACCUCUUUGGUGUGUUGGCCAACAAGAUGGGUCGGUGGCUGUGCUCUCUGAUUGGGAUGUUGGUCAUAGGUACCAGCUUGCUCUGUGUUCCUCUGGCUCAUACUAUUUUUGGUCUCAUUGGCCCCAAUGCAGGUCUUGGCUUUGCCAUAGGCAUGGUGGAUUCUGCUAUGAUGCCAAUCAUGGGCUACCUGGUUGACCUGCGCCACACCUCGGUGUAUGGGAGUGUCUAUUCCAUCGCUGAUGUGGCUUUCUGCAUGGGCUUUGCUAUAGGCCCAUCCACUGGAGGUGCCAUUGUGCAUGCCAUCGGCUUCCCCUGGCUCAUGGUCAUCAUUGGGGUCAUCAACAUCUGCUAUGCCCCUCUCUGCUACUCCCUGAGGAACCCCCCAGCCAAGGAGGAGAAGCUUGCAAUUCUAAGCCAGGACUGUCCCAUGGAGACCCGGAUGUAUGUAACUCAGAAGCCCAGGAGGGACUUUCCUCUAAGUGGGGACAGUGAUGAAGAGGCUGGUAGUGAGGAGUAGCAGCAGAAGGUGUCCCCGAGCCUUGUCACAGAUGGACCCACGAGGCUUGGACUUCAGCCACCACCUCUUGCCCUGGAACCAGAUCACCUUUGGCUUCACUGCCCCCUCCCCUGGGAAUCUCCUUCCUUCCCUUCUCACAGGACCCACCCCCUAUUCUCUCCUUCCGCUGUGUAACCUGUGCCUCUCCCUCUACACCCAGAUGCCUCAGGCAGCCCCUCUGUGGGAGGACAGAGUGAUGCUUCCUCCUAGGUUUCCACAAGACGAAUUAAACUUGAGCUGUGAUGGGUUCUGCAGGGGGUGACUCAUUUCAUGGGAGAGGCAGCGAAUGCAAUCUGCCUCUGAUACCAGCGGGGCUACUGGCAACCCCCAUUUCAUCUGUUAUCUGAUUUUCCUUGGCCUAUUCCCAGCAGACCAUAGGAGCUGUGUCCUCUGUUCCCCACUCAGCCCUCCUGCAUUCUCCUACCUGUGUAGAGAUGAAACCCUCAGUGUUGCACUGCUGCCAAUGGCCAAUCUGGGAUAUGUUUUGCCUCUUUUUUAUAAACUAAGUGGCUUUUCUUUCACAAAGCCUACAGCUGCUAACAUGACUUGGCAUCAGUGAGUGGAGGGUUCCUAUUUUCUUCAUUAGCAGACAGGAAAAGAAAGAGUCUGGUUCUCUUACGCUUGACUUAGUGACUUUCUCACUAUUUCCCCU